UUCGACUGUGUAACCGUGGUGUUGCUCGGACUGAAAAUAAUGGAGGAGGUUGCUCUUAGACUCGCCGCGGAUGGAAUUCAGAAAAAGGUGCUUUCUCCUGGAAAUGGAGAAAUACCUUUCUUUAUUGAUGGCACAAAGGUCAUGUUUCAUUACCGCAGCAGCCUGUGUGAUGGAACGCUGCUGGAUGACUCCAGGAACAUGAACGGAAAGAGUAACCCCAUGGAGCUCAUCUUGGGUAAGAAGUUCAAGCUGCCCGUGUGGGAGGAUGUGGUCACCACCAUGAAGGUCGGUGAGGUCGCCGAUUUCACCUGCGAUGUAAAGCACACGGCUCUGUACCCACUGGUCUCUCAGUCCCUGCGCAACAUCAGCGUGGGUAAAGACCCUCUGGAGGGACAGAGGCACUGCUGUGGCAUCGCACAGGGCCACUCGCACCACUCGCUGGGACACGGCGACCUGAACCGGCUGCAGGUCAACCCUCAGCCGCUGGUCUUCACCAUCGAGCUGCUGGAGGUUUUGUCCCCAGGCUCCUUUCCUCUGGAGACGUGGGCCAUGACGGACGAGGAGAAACUCGCCGCCGUGCCACACAUCCACGAGGAGGGAAACGCGCUCUUCAAGCAAGGAGACGUCCACAAAGCUGCCGAGAAAUACUACAACGCCAUCGCCUGUCUGAAGAACCUGCAAAUGAAGGAGCAGCCCGGUGAUAAGCCCUGGAUUAAACUGGAUCUGAUGAUCACGCCUCUCUUGUUAAAUUACUGCCAGUGUCAGCUGAUGCAGGGUCAGUACUACGAGGUUCUGGACCACUGCUCCUCUCUUCUCAACAAAUACGAAGAUAACGUAAAGGCGUACUUCAAGCGAGGAAAGGCCCACGCCGCCGUCUGGAACGAAACCCAAGCCCGAGCUGAUUUUGAGAAGGUGUUGGCGUUGGACCCGUCUCUGGGGCCGGCGGUGGCUAAGGAGAUCCGGCUGAUGGAGGAACGCCUCCGAGAGAAAGAGAAGGAGGAUAAGGGGCGCUACAGGAACCUCUUCGAUUACAGCAGCACGUCAGCAGCAGCUACUCCGAACUGAUACUGACGUGGAGAUCUGUUUGUUCCUCCUGAAGAGCGGCUCUGCACAGGGACGCUGUGCACCCAGAGCACACGGACGCUUCAUGAUGUCAGCACGAGCAACUUCAUCCUAUUUACACGCACACCGCUCCCCCUGCUAAUCGUGAUCCUCACUGUUACUUACCCCUCAUCACCUGGAAUUAGGGCUGCGUCUCAAACGCUGGCGUCUGAUGGGAAAGUCCCAUGACGAGAUUUCACUGGCUAUAUAAACUGCGCUGGAAUAGGGAAUAGCCUUCACACCCAAAAGAAAGGUUUUAGAAAUAGACUUAACGUUUGCUUCAGUUCUUCUUGGAACUGUUUAGAUGCUCCGUUAUACGUGUUUGCGUUCCUCGGCCAGAGCGGAGGUGAAACGCACACAGCGUUUGGGACGCAGCCCAGAAUGGUGAUAAGAUACUGAUUUGUUUAAACAACAACAUUUGAGGGAAUUGAAACAACAACCAUCGUGCUACGCUACAACUGCAUUAGUUAGGGUUGUUUUGGAACACAACAGUCGUAGAAGACAAUCGCGAUGAUAUACAGUAGGCUCUCCUAUAGCGCUUUCCCUCGUGUUUAUCCUAGAUACGCUAUAUAGCCAAAAGUAUGUGGACGCCCCCCCUGAUGAUUGAAUUCAGUUGUUUCUGGUGUUUAAAAAUGAUAUGAGGGUAAAUUAUAUGCUUUUACAUUGUGGAAACAGUUUGGGGAAGUCCUGUUUCACUGUCAGCUUGAUUACACCCCUGAUGCUCCAGAUGUUCCACACAGACCCCUGGUCUCAACCCAACUCAACAUUUCGACUGAAUUGGCACAAAUUCCCACAGACAUACUCCAAAGUCCUGUCAAAAGUUUCCUAGAGAAGUGGAUCAUAUUAAAACUACCAAGCAAAGACGGAGCAGUUCAGAAUAAAUGCACAUGGUUUGGUUUGGUUUGGUUUGGUUUGGUCAGGUGUCCCAAUACUUUUGUUCAUAUAGUGUAUCUGCCAUGUUAUCUUACUAUUAUUAUUAUUCAUGAUGUGUUUUUAUCGUUUAUGUAUCUUUAUAUGUUUAUAUGUAAACGUGUGUAUGUAUGUGUAUUACUUUUCAGUCGAUCGUUACGCUGAUGAGAUGGCGAGUUCAGUAAGAUCGAACAGAUCACGGAUUUAGACGCCGUGAUCGAUUCUGUAGAUCUUUGAAGCGGGGGUGGGCGAUACGAUAAGAGUUUAUCAUGAUAACAUACUGCUCAAACAUUAAAAACCCAUGUUCUGUUCCAAAGCCGCAGACUUAAAAAUCGGACCUCUGUCCCUUCUUCACCUGUAAUUGAACUCGAGCUUUGACCCUGUAUCAAAGUCCAAUUCAUCACAAUCCUUGGGAAGGGUGUCUACAUACUUUUGGCUGUAUUUCGUACAUCUAGAGGUACAGGAUUUAUUAAGCGUUCAGGUGAGCACAUGUGGUGGACAAAAUAACAGAAACGGCACAUCAACGAUUUUCCUUACGGCUUUACACAUUAGCUAAUUGGAUUGAAGUUUAAUAGUGUGUAUCAGCUAUAAAAAGCUGAUAUGUGUGACCUGAGGCAACUAACAGAGUUCCAAUAAGCUUAAACAGUCACUACCUGAGUUGCAGGUGCAUCAGUCGCAAAAUACUUAAAAACUCGCAUCGGCACCGAUCGGCUGGGCGGCAUCUAGAGGGCAUAAUUGGCAGUGCCUUCAAGGAGGGAUGAACGGAAUAUGUGGGCGGGGUCUGCAAACGCUGUGUAAGGACCCUGAUUAGCAGAUAGAGGCGCCUGUGCAGAAUGCAUGCGUGGAAAAGGGUUUCAUUAAGGGUGGAGGAGGCGUGAGCAGCAAUAUACCCUCCCAGACUCCAAAAAAUUGGGGAUCCCCAGCAGCGGAGGACAGAUUGACUACACUAAAUUGGGAGAAAAACGCAUUAUAUAUAUAUAUAUAUAUCAGUGGCGAUUUCUCCACGACUGCAAGGGAAGCUCAGCUUCCCCUAAAAUGUCAAAAAUUAAAUGGUCAAAUAUGUAGAGUUGUAUUAACAUUUCAUUGACUACAAAUGCGUUAGAACACGUUCAUCUGGAAGACGAGUUGGUUCAGAAUCAGCUACUUAUCACAAAUCCACUCACUCCAACUUCUCGUACAUCCCCGGAGCGUCGAUGCAUUUACCCGCAGGAGCUGAGCGUCUCUUCACUUCUAUGGGGCCGCAUGGAACGGAUUUUUCCAUUGCUUCGAAACUCACCGGUCAUUGGAUAAAUGCCACGAUCUUGUCCCGCCCCCGGACGCUGAGCGUCUCUGGGGGUGAAUGGAGCCGUGGGCGGGUCUGGACGCUGAGCUUCUGCAAGAUGAUUGGAGGAUCAGUCGAAAGGCUGAAUCCCGUUUUGAUUGACGGCUAUUUGCUGGCCAUUGAGAGGACACGGGUCAAGUCCCUGGAAAAGACGCCUACUUGGUACGAUAGGAUCACAGGCCAUUUUCUUAAAAUGGAACGGAGGGCAGAAUUUAUGUAUAAAUAAAUUGAAUAAGUUUUAUGAUGUAAGCCGACAAUGAGCUUCCCCUCUUAGAAAGACCAGCAGCCACCACUGUUAUAUAUAUAUACACUGUAUAUAUAUGUAUACAAAAACCAGUGUAUGAAUAGCCAAAACUGUAUGAGUGCAAAAGCUGGACCCCUAAGCUAUAUAUGGACAACUAAGCAAUUUAACAGGGUCAUGCGCACCCUAUGGUGCAAACACUUUUUAAGGUUAAUGUUUGAUCUAUAAUAAAUAACUUUCCUGUACAUACUACACACACUCAAAAGAGGUUUGAUAAAUAACAAAGUUUUCAAUUAAAAAAGAGCGCAGAUUGUGAAGUAGAUUUCGGUAAACUGAACCUAACAAGUGCACGUUAUUAGAACGUCCUUAAGUAUUGGGACGUGACGUUCGCCCGCUCCCGUCUCGAGAAUCUAACGACCUGCCAAAACCAAACACCCUGUGUGAACUCUUGUUCUGCUUGCCGGUCUGGUUUGCCUCCUCGUUCCCACUUCACACUGGUUCACUAUGAUGUGUUUGUGUUUGAUGUGAGAUCUCUCUGUACACGUUACUGUUCACUAAAUCCUGAAAACACUCGCCAACGACCAGAAUAAAACGAUCUCACUGUUGAA